AAGGCCCAAUGAGUAAUAAAAAAUGAUCACAUCAUAAAUAAGCCCACAAAAAGUCUUCGCCGGACAGUUGAGUAGCUACGACUACAAAUCUCAGCUUUGCUUCUUUUUGCCUGUCUUUCUCUUCUCUUCGCCUCUUCCAAUUAAAACAAAUUAAUUAAUAAAUAAAAUGGCUGGUGAGAGCUUUGCCACGUCACUACCGGCGACGCUCCUCGAGAAUCGUGACCUGUUAAUGCUUCUCACCACCUCAAUCGCCGUUUUGAUUGGAUGCGCAGUCGUUUUGGUGUGGCGCAGAUCGAGCCUGCGAUCGGUUAAAUCAGUUGAGCCGCCCAAGCUGAUUGUGCCGAAAGUUGAAAUUGAAGAUGAAGUUGAUGACGGUAAAAAGAAAGUUACCGUCUUUUUCGGCACUCAAACCGGUACUGCCGAAGGUUUCGCCAAGGCUUUUGCGGAGGAAGCCAAGGCGAGAUAUGACAAGGCGAAAUUCAGAGUCAUUGAUUUAGAUGACUAUGCAGCUGAGGAUGAGGAGUAUGAGUCAAAGUUUAAGAAGGAAUCGUUUGCGUUUUUCUUCUUAGCAACUUAUGGUGAUGGUGAGCCAACCGACAAUGCAGCUAGAUUCUACAAGUGGUUUUCGGAGGGAGAAGAGAGAGGAAAUUGGUUGAGUAAUCUUCAAUAUGGAGUCUUUGGCUUAGGCAAUAGGCAGUAUGAACAUUUUAACAAGAUUGCGAAAGUUGUUGACGAUGGUCUUGAAGAGCAGGGAGCCAAGCGUAUCGUUCAAGUGGGUAUGGGAGAUGAUGAUCAAUGUAUUGAAGAUGAUUUUACGGCAUGGCGGGAAUUGGUCUGGCCUGAAUUGGAUAAAUUGCUUUUGGAUGAGGAUGACACAUCUGCUGCAACUCCUUACAAGGCUGCUGUUUUAGAGUACCGGGUUGUGGUUUAUGACCAACUUGAUAAGCCUCCAGUGGAUCACAGUUUAAAUGGCCAAAAUGGUCAUGCAGUCUUUGAUGCUCAACAUCCGUGCAGGUCUAGCGUAGCUGCAAAGAAAGAGCUUCAUAAACCUGCAUCUGAUCGUUCUUGCAUUCACUUGGAGUUUGACAUCGGACAUACUGGACUUGCAUAUGAAACUGGUGACCACGUAGGGGUCUAUUGUGAGAAUCUCGUUGAAAUUGUUGAGGAGGCUGAAAAGCUAUUAGGCAUAUCACCAAACACCUACUUCUCUGUCCACACUGACAAUGAAGAUGGAACACCACUUACUGGAGGCUCUCUGCCACCUCCCUUUCCACCAUGCACUUUAAGAAGUGCACUGGCGAAAUAUGCAGAUCUUUUGAGCUCUCCAAAGAAGUCUGCCUUGCUUGCUCUGGCGGCGCAUGCUUCUGAUCCUAGCGAGGCUGACCGUUUAAGAUUCCUAGCAUCUCCUGCUGGAAAGGAUGAAUAUGCACAAUGGGUAGUUGCUAGCCACAGAAGCCUUCUUGAAGUCUUGGCUGAAUUUCCAUCAGCCAAGCCCCCACUUGGGGUAUUCUUUGCAUCAGUUGCACCACGCCUGCAGCCUAGAUACUAUUCUAUCUCUUCUUCACCAAGGAUGGUACCGUCGAGGAUUCAUGUUACCUGUGCUUUAGUUUAUGAAAAAACACCUACAGGACGAAUUCACAAAGGAGUUUGUUCAACUUGGAUGAAGAAUGCAGUUUCAUUGGAGGAAAGCCAUGAUUGCAGCUGGGCACCCAUUUUUGUUAGGCAAUCCAACUUCAAGCUUCCCUCUGAUCCCAAAGUCCCUGUUAUUAUGAUUGGCCCUGGUACUGGACUAGCUCCUUUCAGGGGUUUCCUGCAGGAAAGACUAGCUCUCAAAGAAUCUGGAGCAGAACUGGGGACUGCUGUAUUAUACUUUGGUUGCAGAAAUAGAAAUUUGGAUUUUAUUUACGAGGAUGAGCUAAACAAUUUUGUUGAAAGUGGUGCAAUCUCUGAGUUAAUUGUGGCUUUCUCACGUGAGGGGCCCACCAAGGAGUAUGUGCAACAUAAGAUGUUACAGAAGGCAUCAGAGAUUUGGAACCUGAUUUCCGAGGGAGCAUAUAUCUAUGUCUGUGGUGAUGCUAAAGGCAUGGCUAGGGAUGUCCACCGAAUGCUUCACACAAUUGCACAGGAGCAGGGAGCUCUAGACAGCAGCAAGGCUGAGAGCUGGGUUAAGAAUCUUCAAAUGACUGGGAGGUAUCUUCGGGAUGUAUGGUAAUUGUUCUUGCGGUGCAGCCAACUUUGUUUAUUCAGGGGAGAAUAUAGUAAAUAAAUAUGUGAUGCUAUACUUUCCUGGCCCGGCAUAUGGAGGGAUGAAAGAUAUGGGAUAUACAAGUUUAUUGUGCUUUUCCUGCUGGCAAGCUCGAGGGAGGGGGUGCAUAUGGUGGUCCCAAAUCCCAAUAUAUAUUUUUCUUUUUAUUUGUGUGAUACAAACUUUAAUAUUAGGAAGAGACCAAGCUACUCAUAUUUGUACUAUUAGAUGAUUGUAGAAUUUUUGACGAAAUAGAGUAUAUGAAACAAAAGUUAUCUGCA